CGCUCCCGGGCACCGGCAGCCGCCGCCGCCGCUCGGGGAUGGCCAUCCCGCUGCACGCCGCGCCGCGCCGGGGCUCCACGCGCUGCUGACGGAGCGCAGGGCAAAUGCCAUAGGAUGACCGCUGCUGGUCCCCUCUUACUGGCUGUGAUAUCGUCUGUCCUGUGGCUCACGCGGGGCUUUGACCCGGCUCCCAGCGCCUGCUCCGCUCUGGCCUCCGGCGUCCUCUACGGCUCCUUCUCUCUCAAGGACCUCUUCCCCACCAUCUCCUCCGGCUGCUCCUGGACCCUGGAGAACCCCGACCCCACCAAGUACUCUCUGUACCUCCGCUUCAACCGUGAGGAGCAGGUGUGCACCCACUUCUCGCCCAUGGUGCUGCCGCUCGACCACUACUUGGCCAACUACACCUGCGAGCCGCGCACAGAGCCCGCCAGCCCCCCGCCCUCCCCACACCCCGAGGAGGAGGAGGAGGAGGAGGAGGGCGAGGAAGCCGAACUGGAGCUGUGCGAGGCCGCGGGGCCCUUCACCUUCCUGCACUUCGACAAGAACUUUGUGCAGCUGUGCCUGGCGGCGGAACCCGAGGCUGCCCCGCGCCUGCUGGCCCCGCAAGCGCUGGAGUUCCGCUUCGUGGAGGUGCUGCUCAUCAACAACAACAACUCCAGCCAGUUCACAUGCAGCGUGCUGUGCCGCUGGCUGGAGGAGUGCCUGCAAGCCCCCGGCGCCCGGCGCUGCGGCCUCACCCAUGCGGGUUGCAGCUGCCAAGCAGAAAGCCCCCCGGCACCGCGGCACAACGGCACACGGCUCCCCACCACCCGCACGCCUGCCCCGCCGCCCGCUGCCACCCCCCAGUGCUGCCCCCAACCUGAGCUGCAUUCUGCCAGUGGCAAUGAGUUCGAGCUGCCCGAGGUCCCCCAUGGCAAUGCUGUUGAGGAGAACCAGAAGGUGAAGACGCAGUGGCCACGGUCGGCGGAUGAGCCAGGGGUGUACAUGGCCCAGACAGGGGACCCCGCAGCGGAGGAGUGGUCGCAGUGGAGCGUCUGCUCACUGACGUGUGGGCAGGGCUCCCAGGUGCGGACGCGCUCCUGUGUCUCCUCUCCAUACGGGACGCUGUGCAGUGGGCUGCUGAGGGAGACACGCACCUGCAACAACACGGCCACCUGCCCAGUUCACGGUGCCUGGGAGGACUGGUCCCCGUGGAGCCUGUGCUCGGUGACCUGCGGGCGAGGGGCCAGGACCAGGACGCGGCGGUGCGUGGCCCCGCAGCACGGAGGGAAAGCCUGCGAGGGCCCCGAGCUGCAGGCCAAGCCCUGCAGUAUCGCGACCUGCCUGGUGGAAGGGCAGUGGUUGGAGUGGGGCGCCUGGAGCCGCUGCUCCGUCACCUGCGCCAACGGCACCCAGCAGCGCACGCGCAAGUGCAGCGUCUCAGCCCACGGCUGGGCGGAGUGCAGGGGAGCCCACGCCGAUGCCCGCGAGUGCUCCAACCCCAUGUGUCCCACCGACAGCAAGUGGGGCCCCUGGAACCACUGGAGCCUCUGCUCCAAGACGUGCGACACGGGUUGGCAGCGCCGCUUCCGCAUGUGCGAGGGCACCGGCGUGCAGGGCUACCCCUGCGAGGGCACGGGCGAGGAGGUGAAGACCUGCAAUGAGAAGAAGUGCCCAGCCUACCACGAGAUGUGCAAGGACGAGUACGUCAUGCUGAUGACCUGGAAGAAAACCGCAGCGGGGGACGUCAUCUACAACAAGUGUCCUCCCAAUGCCACAGGGUCCGCCAGCCGCCGGUGCCUGCUGAACCCCCACGGGGUUGCAUACUGGGGUGUGCCCAGCUUCGCCCGCUGCAUCUCCCACGAGUAUCGAUACUUGCAUCUCUCACUGCGGGAGCACCUGGCCAAGGGGCAGCGAGUGCUGGCGGGUGAGGGCAUGUCGCAGGUGGUGCGCAGCCUGCUGGAGCUGAUGGCCCGCAAGACCUACUACAGCGGGGACCUGCUCUUCUCCGUCGAGAUCCUGCGCAACGUCACCGACACCUUCAAGAGAGCCACCUACAUCCCGUCCUCUGAGGAUGUGCAGCGCUUCUUCCAGGUGGUGAGCUACAUGGUUGAUGCAGAGAACAGGGACAAGUGGGAGGACGCACAGCAGGUCUCUCCCGGCUCCGUGCACCUGAUGAAGGUGGUGGAGGACUUCAUCCACCUGGUGGGGGAUGCACUGAAGGCGUUCCAGAGCUCGCUCAUUGUCACCGACAACCUGGUGAUCAGCAUCCAGCGUGAGCCCGUCUCUGCCGUGUCCAGCGACAUCAACUUCCCCAUGAAGGGCCGUCGGGGCAUGAAGGACUGGGCACGCAGCUCUGAGGACAAACUCUUCAUCCCCAGGGAGGUGCUGAGCCUCGCCUCUGCCGAGCUGGAUGAGUCGUCCCACUUUGUCAUCGGGGCCGUGCUGUACCGCACGCUGGGACUCAUCCUGCCGCCCCCCAGGACCCCGCUGGCCGUCACCUCCAAAGUGCUGAUGGUGACGGUGCGCCCACCCACCAGGCCCUCUGAGCCCCUCGUGCUGGUGGAGCUCUCCCACAUCAUCAAUGGCACAUCCCACCCGCAGUGCGUCACCUGGGACUACUCAAGGACCGAUGCUGGCUUGGGAAACUGGGACACGGAGAGCUGCCAAACCCUGGAGACCCUUCCAGCACACACCAAAUGCCAGUGCCGCCGGCUCGCCACCUUCGCCAUCAUCGCACAGCUGCCCAAAGACCUGGCCAUGGACCCCUCGGGCAGCCCGUCGGUGCCGCUGAUGAUCGGCUGUGCUGUGUCCUGCAUGGCCCUGCUGACGCUGCUGGUGAUCUACGCUGCGUUCUGGAGGUUCAUCAAGUCAGAGCGCUCCAUCAUUCUGCUCAACUUCUGCGUCUCCAUCCUGGCCUCCAACGUCCUCAUCCUCGUGGGGCAGACCCAGAUGCUCAGCAAGGGCGUUUGCACCAUGACGGCCGCCUUCCUCCACUUCUUCUUCCUCUCAUCCUUCUGCUGGGUGCUGACGGAGGCCUGGCAGUCCUACCUGGCGGUGAUCGGCCGCAUCCGGACACGCCUGGUCAGGAAGCGCUUCCUGUGCUUGGGAUGGGGUUUGCCAGCACUCGUGGUCGCCGUCUCCGUUGGCUUCACACGGACCAAAGGCUAUGGGACGGCAAGCUACUGCUGGCUCUCACUGGAGGGCGGUCUGCUCUACGCCUUCGUGGGACCCGCAGCCGUCAUUGUGCUGGUGAACAUGCUGGUGGGCAUCAUCGUCUUCAACAAGCUCAUGUCCCGCGACGGCAUUUCAGAUAAGUCCAAAAAGCAGCGAGCUGGGGCAUCGCUGUGGAGCUCCUGCGUGGUCCUUCCCCUGCUGGCGCUGACCUGGAUGUCGGCCGUGCUCGCCAUGACCGACCGGCGCUCCAUCCUCUUCCAGGUCCUCUUCGCCGUCUUCAACUCCGUCCAGGGCUUCGUCAUCAUCACUGUGCACGGCUUCCUGCGCCGAGAGGUCCAGGACGUGGUGAAGUGUCAGAUAGGGGUGUGCAGGAGCGAGGAGAAUGAAAACUCGCCCGACUCCUGCAAGAAUGGGCAGGUGCAGAUCCUGACAGAUUUUGAAAAGGACGUUGACCUGGCAUGUCAGACAGUGCUCUUCAAGGAGGUGAACACCUGCAACCCUGCCACCAUCACUGGCACUUUGUCGCGCAUUUCGCUGGAUGGCGACGAAGACCCCAAGCUCAACACCAGCUCAGAGGGCAAUUUGGGCUUCUCCAGCCUGCCGGGCAACAUCCCCACCGCCAGCAUCCUGGUGCAGGUGCCCAAGAUGACACCCAACGUGGUGGCGGGUUUGGAGCUGGGCGAGCCGCCGGCGCAGCUGGAGGCACAGGGUCCUGUGUACCUGUGCACCGAGAGCAGCCUGCGGCCCCUGGAGUACGGCUGGCUGCGGGCACCGGAGCCGCCAAGGGAGAGCGAUUAUAUGGUGCUGCCACGCCGCAGCCUGCAGCCCUUCCAGCGCGAGGAGGGGCCCAGCACUGAGGAAGGGACCCCCCGUCCCACCGGGGCAGGAGAGGGGGAUUCCUACCCCGGCUUUGUCUCUGUGGAGCACGUCAACGUGAACCUGAGCCAGCCCUACGGGACGGUGAAGCACCCCUACGGGCUGCAGUUCAAGCAGCACCCCACGGUGCGGCAGAUCCUGGCGUCGGAGCUGUCGGAGCGCAGCCGCACCAUGCCGCGCACCGUGCCUGGCUCUGCCAUGAAAGUGGGGUCCCUGGAGAGGAAGAGGUUGCGGUACUCCGACCUGGAUUUCGAGAAGGUGAUGCACACUCGGAAGCGUCACUCUGAGCUCUAUCAUGAGCUCAACCAGAAGUUCCACACGCUGGACCGGUACCGGGCGCCAGCUGCCGGCACCAUCAAGCGAGAAAAGCGAUGGAGCGUCUCAUCAGGUGGUGGGGAGAAGAGCGUGGCCACUGACACCGCUGGCCCCGAGGACCCGCAGCCGCCGGCCGCGCCGCCCAAGCCCUGGAGCACAUUCAAGGCGAUGACUCUGGGCUCGCUGCCCAGCGCUCACCGGGACCGCCUGGAGCUGCGUUGUGCGGACUGGGAGGGCCCCUGCGCUGGUCUGGAUGCGGCCGAUGGGGACUUCCAGACGGAGGUGUGAGCCCCGCGCAGGACCAGCUCGGACGCUGUGUUACUCCGUCCUCCUCUGCGCCCGGGGGGAUCCCAGCCGUCGGAGCCAUCCCCGCGGGGGGACCGCGCACCCCGCACUCACCCACCGCUCACUUGCGCACCCUCCCGGCCCCCCCCGGGCAGGACCGGCCGCCGAGGCCCUGGCAUCUCCGUUCUUUUCUACCGGGAUGUUUCUUCACGCAGUGCACCGUGUGCACGCGCGCGGCGGCCCCGGGCACCCCACGCCCCCCACGCUGGGUAGUGGAACCGUGGCCGGGCGCCCUCGCCCCGUGGCCGCCCCCUCCCAGCCGUCCCCGCCGUCCCCACCCCACGGGGCAGGUGCUGUCGUUGUUGGAAAUAAA